UUUAGGUCAUUUUAUGAGGAAUGUCUGCGAGUUUCGUGAUAAAUGAAAAUGCUUAAAAGAAGUGCCGCAAGUUGUUUUCGUAUAUGCCGUUUACCAAAUUGCAUAUGGAAUGAUAUUGCUUGCAGUUACGCGACAUUACUUGAAAAACAUAUAAAAUCUUUAACGCGAAGGCAACGAUUAUGGCAUCUGGCAAAGCCCAGAGAAUAUACGCCAAAAUUUGGGCAAUAUCAGAAGCCAUUUUUUGAAGCGCUUCAACAUCCAAAAACAACAAUAAUUAGAACAUACGAAAAUGAAAGAGAAAGUACUAGAACUAUACAUUUAGCUUAUCCCAAAGUUAGUCGACUUUCUAUCCUCAAACAUCAUACUUCAUAUUCGUCCUUUGUACCGCAACGAAAAGAAAACGUUGAUCGUUUGAUUAAAAAAAGUCUACUAUCGCUGUACAGUCAUCUCUCGAAGGCGAAACUUCCACCGGAACAAAAAACACAAAUUGUUCAGAAUAUAGAGGAAAACUUAAAAUAUGUCGAAGGUCUCGCUAUACCCAAAAAGGAUCACUCAGAAAUUGUAAAAGAUCGUCCACCUCCUUCUACGAAAAAACGCCGCCUUCGCUUCCGAAAACCACCACUGGUGGAAUUUAAUAGGCCGAAAAAGGAGCAGAAACCGCAUGUUAAACGCAUCGAUACCUUAUCCAGGCCGAAGAUGCAUUACACUGCUGAACAAAAGGAGUGGCAGCUUACGCCGGCAUUAAAAAAAUACACACCUUCCUCUCGGCUAAAAAAUAUGGCGCAACCUAAAAAUUUACUCAUGUACUAUAGGAGUCAAAGCGUUGAGAAACGCAUUGCCAGAACAGCAUUACGAUAUGAAGCAACCGACAGGAUAAAGCAAUUGGCCAAAUCGAAAAGACAUUAUAAUAGAAAACAUGAUGGUCUUAAAAGUUCAUCGGCAAUUUCACCGAACGCUUUGAAAGCUAUAGCAACCGAACGCACUAUCAGAUUAGCAAAGCCAAAAAUCAUUAUUGAUAUGAACGCAAAGAACAACAAUGCGAAACGUUGCUUUGAACGAAUACAAAUAUUUAUAGAUGAAUAUCACAAUUCAUGA